AUGUCCAAUUCUCAAUUAAAUUCCAAUCAAGUUCUAUUAUCAGCUGCUGGCGUUGAUAUUUCACGUUUAAACCAAGGAAUUAUUAACCAAAGUUUUCUGCCGGCUUCACAAACUGCUAAUACAUUUCCGGUUGCGACAAAUAUGUCUUUAAACCAAAAUUUAUUACCUUCACAAAUUAAUUCUUUAACACAAUUAUCUUUACCUCCGCAACAAAACAUCAACCAAGAAAUAUUUAUAACCCCUAAUCAACCCACAACUGGUACAAUACUUUUAUCGAAUGGGACCAUGAUAAAUCAAAACGUGGCGACAGCAGCAGCAAAUUAUGCUGCUUAUUGGCAAUCAAUGAAUUUGUUAGACCCAUUAAAUAAUGCCGCGUCUACUCGGAUUAGACCGGAAGUUCGGCAAGAUAUAAGGUCCUUUCAUUCAAAUGAGUUCAUUGAAGAAAAUAAUCACAAAGAUUACUCUCAAAAUUGGAGCGAAGGUAGUUAUCCUCUAAAUAAUAGAGAGGUGUGUCAUAGAAAUCAAAAUUUUUAUAAGGAAUCCAAUUGGCAAGACAGUUAUCAUGAACAAAGUUGGCGAGACAAUCAUUAUAAAGAGCAAGGCCGGCGAGAAGAUCGAGAUCAUGUUGAUCCUAAAUUAAAUCGACAAGAUAUCAAAGAAAGGAAUAAUCGUCGUUAUCCUCCCCGACCCGCUAUUGAGUAUCCAUUAUCUCGUUGCCUUCCAUCAUGCGAAGAAAUCCCUGAUGCUACGGCACGUCUUACCGAAACAAUCCGCCUUUGGUGGAUUGAUAAUGAAGGAACUGCUCUAAAAGAAUUAGAAAAAUUGGAUCUUCAGCCGCAACUUGAUUUACAACAGUGGAGAACAAUUGCUUUAAACCAAUUUGUAAAUUUGGAGUUGUUUGUCAACAUUCGAAAUAUAUUGCAAUGGUUGAAAGCCUUCACCAUUUAUACCGAAGCAGUUUUAACAUUGUAUCCUCACCGACGUGAAGAACUUGAUACUUACGAACGUCAUAUUGUUGAAAAGAGUGAUAAGUAUCCUUGUGAGGUUGUUUUUAAAUAUGACCACGAAAGAAGGAUGAAAUUAUGUGAUAAUCGACAAUUGACAUUGUUAAUGUCUGCUCCAGAAACGGAGAAUCGAUAUUUCUAUCCUAUUGUUGAACACCGAACAGGUUUUAUUAGUCUUAAGAAGGAUCGUUGGGAUCAAAUCGCUUACGAUGAAAGAGGCAAAGAAAUAUGCAACAAAUAUAAUUUUGAAAGAUGUCAUUAUCCUUAUUGCAAACGAUCUCAUGUCUGCAUCGUUGAUAAAUGCGGUGGCUUGCAUCCUGCACGAUUGUGUCCCACGAAAAAAUCAGGUUCAAACACAAAGUUUGGCAGAAGACAGAAUAUCAUGAGUAGAUUAGGUUCAAAUUCGAGUCAAGAUAAUAAUUAUUUGAAAGGGAGUAAAUACGCUAAUAAGAGCCGUCGUAAUAGUUUCAAUCAAGGUAAUAAUAACAGAACUACCAAUUUCAGAGGUAAUGGUAGGGCUAUCGUUGAUUGUAAUGGCGUUAAUAAUGAUGUUGAAAUCGACAAAUGUGAUCAAGUCAGGGAGGAUAUCGAAGUACAUAAAUUCCUUGAACAAGAAAUGGAACGGAUCAAAGAGAAUGAGAUCAAAAAAUUCAAAGAUAAAGAAGAUACUGAUAGAGUCAAGCGAGUAGAUUCUGAAAAUAAUAAUGUGACAAAACUUGAACGAGAAGAGACUGAACAAGACAAGGAAAUAAUGCCCGAAAAAUGCGAUUCAAAGAUCGAGGAAGAAGCGAUGACAAAAUCUGAUGAGAAAAAUAAACUAAAAAAGAAGUAG